AUGUGGGUGAGGGGUGAGGGGGACUACGAGCAGCGGGAAGGACACCGCCGCCACCGGAGAGAGGUUAAAGGCGUCGGGACGCCCGCCGCCGCUGUGUCAGCGCCAGAUGCCGCGGCGACCGGGCGACUUGGGUUAUAUGAUUUAUCUGUUGCUAUCGCGGACUUAUUACGUUGUCUCGGCCGGCGCAUUCGCCUCUGUUCUUGUCAUGUUUACAACCGCACUGCCGCACGCCUCCGUCUUUUUGCGGCUCAUCUGACUGUGACUUCUUGA